UUGCCCAACCCUCCCCAAGACCAUCCGAAUUCUUUGUAAUGCAAUAGAGGACUCUUAGUAUCCACGGCAGCGAUCAUCGUACCAUUUCUCUACCCGGCAUGGAGCAAUUGCAAUCCGGAUGCGAGGGGUAAGCAGAGCUCCAAGAAGACCCCAUUUCUCCGCACGUAGACGUAUAAAAUGCGGCCCCCGUCACUCAGGUCCUCGUGUCUGGUGUAACUUGUUUGAGUGUUUGAUUCAGGAGAUUGAUAUCUCUGCUGCCCAUACUCUAAAUUUUGUGUCGAUUUGUUUUGAUAGGUUGUGGAGUCACCAUUGAUUGAUUGAUUGAAACAUCAUAAGGGCACGACCACAUUCUCGAAAUGGCCGCCGCACACGACCGCACUGAUGCUAUGCCUGCGGACAAGGAAUACUCUGAAGGCUCUGCUUCGCAUCAUGUAAAUGGAGCAGGAGCAGGAGCAGGACCUGGAGUUCCAGCUGGAGCAGGAUUUGGAAUUGGAGGCCAUCCUGAGCAGAUGAAUCCCCGCACUCGAGUCUGGGAUUAUGGUGGAAAUCCUCUGGCCCGUUUGGAUACCAGCGACUCGGCCAAGUUACCCGCCUUUGGUGGUGCUUUCCAGCCCGGUCUUUAUAGUCCUCCGACUCGCAAAUUUGGAAACCCAGCGCCAUUGGGACUCUGCGGUUUCGCCCUGACCACCUUUGUUCUUUCUUUGAUCAACAUGCGAACGCGUGGUAUUGCGGCACCUAAUAUUGUUAUCGCAUCUGCGUAUGGUUACGGUGGACUGGUGCAAUUGCUUGCUGGCAUGUGGGAAAUGGCCGUUGGAAAUACUUUUGGUGCCACUGCGCUUUCUUCAUAUGGCGGCUUCUGGAUCUCUUUUGCCAUCACCCUUACUCCCGGUGGAUUCCAGAUUGUUUCCAGUCUCGGUGGUGAAGACACAGCCUUCUUCGACACUUUUGGGUUUUAUUUGAUGGGGUGGUUUAUUUUCACCACGCUCCUACUGUUUGGAACGUUUCGAUCCACGGUCGCCUUCUUCAGUCUCUUCUUCUUUCUGGACCUUGCCUUCCUUUUGCUAGGCAUAGGCUAUCUUCAGCGCAAGGACGGCAUGCCAAGGGUUCCUGUCAUCAAGGCUGGCGGCUUCUUCGGUCUUUUGGCCGCUUUUAUGGCUUGGUACAAUGCUCUGGCCGGUCUCCUCGAUCGAUCCAACAGCUUCUUCCUAAUCCCUGUCGCCCAUUUCCCUUGGUCUGAGAAAGGCCGCGAGGCGCGUCGAGCCUCCGCCCAGUCCAACGAGAACAAUGAUGUGUAAAUAGUCUAAUCACUUUUGAGGUUGUGGUAAUUGGGAUGACUGAAAUAUGCUGUUUACCGGGCGUUGCUCCGCAACUGGCGCCGUGAUUCAUUGAUUUGAUUUUUAUUUUCGUUUGUGAUUCCCUGGACACAGUUUUUGUAGCCUCAUAAUCUCAAAGCAAAACUUGUUGAUAUAUAAUUGUUCUUUUUGUAUUUUUCCUUUUUUGUCUAUCAGGCUC